UUCGGCUUCGUUGCUUCGCUCGGCUCCGGGAUUUACCCAUCGCCGGGAUUUAACGCGCGCACAAAAACCGUUUUGCUGGAUUUAGCGUAAAUCCGACUUAAAUCCCGCUGUAAAUCCGAUACCGAACAGCCCAUAAGUAUUUCUUCUCCCUCUUCUGCUGUAGUUACUUGCAGAUACCUUCGCUGCCUUUGAACCGCAGAUUGUUUCCUGGAAUUUGGUUAGUGUUUUCAUAGUUCAUAACACUAUUCCCUCUCUGAGAAAGAUGAGGAAGAUUGUGGACAGCCGAAUUCGAACCCUCAUAGAGAAUGGCGUAAAGCUACGUCACCGUUCGAUGUUCGUCAUUAUUGGAGACAAGUAUCGUAAUCAGAUUGUGAAUCUUCACUACAUGAUGAGCAAGGCAGUCGUAAAAUCCCGGCCAACUGUCUUAUGGUGCUACAAACAGAAGCUAGAGCUUAGCAGCCACAAGAAAAAACGUUCAAAACAGGUUAAAAAAUAUAUGCAGAGGGGCCUCUUGGACCCUGAGAAAGUUGAUGCAUUCUCUCUUUUUGUUGAAAGUACAAAUAUAACUUACUGCCUGUAUAAGGAUUCAGAAAGAGUACUGGGCAAUACCUUUGGCAUGUGCAUUUUACAGGAUUUUGAGGCUUUGACUCCAAAUAUUUUGGCAAGAACAAUUGAAACAGUUGAGGGUGGAGGCCUCGUGAUUUUGUUGCUUCAUUCUUUACCCUCUCUAACCAGUCUCUACACUAUGGUGAUGGAUGUCCAUGAACGGUUUAGGACAGAAUCUCAUUCUCAGACUGUUCCCCGGUUUAAUGAGCGUUUCUUAUUAUCUAUUGCAUCAUGCAAGGUAUCUCUUGUUGUGGAUGAUGAGCUUAACAUCCUGCAUAUAUCAUCUCAUAUCAGAUCAAUAUCGCCGGUGGAAGUUGCUGAGGAUUCUGAAGGAUUAUCUGAAAAGGAGCGGGAACUAAAGGAUUUGAAGGAGCAGUUUCGUGAUGAACUUCCUGUUGGUCCUUUGAUUGGGAAAUGUUGCACAUUGGAUCAGGCAAAAGGAGUCGUUACUUUCCUUGAUGCCAUCCUUGACAAGACACUUAGAAGCACUGUUGCUCUAAUAGCUGCUCGCGGACGUGGCAAAUCGGCUGCUUUGGGUCUUGCUGUAGCAGGGGCGGUUGUUACAGGGUAUUCAAACAUUUUUGUUACAGCACCUAGCCCUGAGAACCUUAGAACUCUUUUUGAUUUUGUCUGCAAGGGUCUUAAUUCAAUGGAAUACAAGGAGCACUUGCACUAUGAUGUGGUGAAGAGUGUUGAUCCGGAUAUGAAGAAGGUGACAGUUCAGAUUAAUGUAUUCAAGCAACAUCGGCAAACAAUUCAAUAUCUGAAACCUCAAGAUCACAGUAAGCUCUCACAAGUGGAGCUUCUUGUUAUUGAUGAAGCUGCUGCUAUCCCACUGCCUAUUGUGAAGUCGUUGCUGGGUCCUUAUCUUGUUUUCCUCUCAUCUACUGUGAAUGGAUAUGAGGGAACUGGUCGAUCAUUGUCAUUAAAGCUUCUUCAACAGUUGGAAUCACAAAGCCAAAUUUCUAGUCAGAACCUUGAUAGUCCUCAUUCUGGUAGACUUUUCAAGAAGGUGGAAUUGCAUGAGUCCAUUAGAUACGCUUCUAGUGAUCCCAUCGAGUCUUGGCUCAAUGGUUUACUUUGCCUAGAUGUUGCAAAUUAUAUUCCAAAUAUUAGCAGAAUGCCUCAUCCUAGUGAAUGUGAUCUUUAUUAUGUUAAUCGUGACACACUUUUCUCAUAUCACAAAGAGAGUGAAAUAUUUCUACAGAGAAUGAUGGCACUCUAUGUUGCUUCUCACUACAAAAAUUCACCAAAUGACUUGCAAUUAAUGGCAGAUGCUCCGUCACAUCACUUGUUUGUAUUGCUUGGUCCGGUUGAUGAGUCAAAAAAUCAGCUCCCGGAUAUUCUCUGUGUGAUUCAGGUGUGCCUCGAAGGAAAAAUUUCACAGAAGUCAGCUAUUAAAAGCUUAAGUGAAGGUCAUUCACCUUUUGGUGAUCAGAUACCUUGGAAAUUCUGUGAACAAUUCCAAGACUCUGUAUUUCCAGGCCUUUCUGGAGCCAGAAUUGUUCGCAUUGCUGUCCAUCCUAGUGCCUUAAGGCUGGGAUAUGGCUCUGCUGCAGUUGAUCUUCUAACAAGGUACUAUGAAGGGCAGUUGUCACAUUUUAGUGAGGAAGAUGUUGAGGAGAUUAUAGAACCUCAAGUUAAAGUUGUUGAAGCAGCUCAAAAGGUAUCCUUGCUGGAAGAGAACAUAAUGCCUAGAGCUAACCUUCCUCCCCUUCUUGCUCAUCUUCGUGAGCGACAUCCUGAAAAGCUCCAUUAUAUUGGUGUUUCUUUUGGGCUUACUCGUGAUCUUUUUCGAUUUUGGAGGAAACACAACUUCACUCCCUUUUAUAUAGGCCAGAUACCAAAUGCUGUGACUGGUGAACAUACCUGCAUGGUUUUAAGGUCACUGAAAAAUGAUGAAAUUGAAGUUGAUGGUUCUAGUCAAUGUGGUUUUCUUGAACCAUUUUAUCAAGAUUUCCGCAGAAGAUUUAGCCGACUUCUCGGCACCACUUUCCAAACCCUUGAUUAUAAACUUGCAAUGAGCAUUUUGGCUUCAAAGAUAAACUUUACUGAUCAUAAAGAUGCAUCAAAUAACGGAAGUACACAGUCACUAGGGAACCUAUUGUCUCCUUUUGAUAUGAAGAGGUUGGAGGCAUACACAAACAACUGUGUUGACUAUCACAUGAUUCUUGAUCUUGUGCCAGUCCUUGCAUAUCACUUCUUCCAAGGUGAGCUCCCUGUCACUUUAUCUCCUGUACAAGCCUCUGUUUUGUUUUGCAUAGGCAUGCAAAACCAAGACAUUACACAUAUAAAGGAGGAGAUGAAGUUAGAAAGGGAGCAGAUACUAUCUUUAUUUAUAAAAGUUAUGAAGAAGUUAUAUAAGUACCUAUACAGUGUUGCGGCCAAGGAGAUCGAUGCCACUUUACCUCGACUUAGGGAAGUUACAUUGGCUCCUCACAGUAUUUCACUUGAUGAGGACCUUGAUGAGGCAGCCAGGGAAGUCAGGGAAAAUAUGAAAGCUGAUAACGAAGGCAUCUUAAAGCCAGAGCUACUACAGAGAUACGCCAUUGUAGACAGAGAAAGUGAUUUUGAAAAAGCACUUCAGAGUGGAGCUGGUAAGGUUCCAUCCAGUGGACUUGUUAGUGUAAAAUCUAGCAAGUUAAAGCUGGAGAAUGGAGUACACAAAGCAGCUAAGAAAAAGAGGAAAGAAAAUAAUGCAGAGAGAUCAAAUUCAAAGAAAAAAAGGAGAAACUGAAGGAUAUGUAGUCUUUAAUUAACUAUUAUCAAUGUUGUAUUAGGAUUUUGAUGUUAAGCUAAAUUAUUUAUUAGAUUUUUUUUAUGUAUGAUUAAUAUUUAGAAGCUAAUAAUUAAUUAUUCUGAGAAAAUAUGGUAUGCUUAGCUUAUUUUUAUAUUA